CCUCCAAAUCCUUUCAGAUGCUCCUUCGGUCCCAGUUUACCUGCAGCAACAAUCAUUGGUCGAUACUUGAACCCCAAAGAUCCGGUUUCCGACACCGCUACGAAAAUGGUUUUUCCAAAUUCGACCGACAGUGGUUCUGACCAAACUACCCAAAAGCGGCUUGCAGUAUCGGAAAUGCUUUUUGCGUACGGAGAAGUAGAAGGGAUUGCUCAGGAAAUGGAGCAACCAGCCUCCGAACAUAUGAAAGCAGCUUCCACGCUCUCUACAUGUCUUCUCUGCCUACAAAGCUUCACUCCAACGACCUUUGAACCUUUCUCAUGCCCUGAAUGUCAGCGGCAAGGAAAGGAGGAGUAUAGAAUUGAGAGGGCAUCGGAGUGGAUACAUGGUUUCAUCAAUACUCCGGUUCUCUUCACUAAGUCAAUCGUCAAACCCAAACCAAUGGCUACAACUACCAAGUCGAAAUCCGCUCCUUGUCUAAGAUGCGGCCAAUUGUUCUAUGCCGGAAACAAGCCAUUCGAUUGUCCAAAAUGUAAGGGAGAAGGGGAGAAUAUCCAGAUUAAUGACCUCGCUUCGUGGCUUACACAUACGUCGGAUGUUCACGGUUGUAAUGGGCAAACAGGAGUGGUUAUUGAUAAGGAAUGCCUACCAAAACAGGGACAGAAGAAAAGGAAAAGAGAAAACAUAGUGGAGGAAGCAAUAAAACGUAGUAAAUUAGAAUCCUAAGUAUAUA